CGAUGCAGACAAACCGUGUGCAAUGGUCGGGAAGAGCUCUGCGACAGGAGCUACGGGAAUGUCACAUUCAUUGGAGCACCUCACGACUCGUAUGCUGUGAGCACCGACCCCAUCAUCGUCUCGAGGAAUCAAGAGAUUGAUGUACCCACACAACUGGCGCGCGGAGUGAGAAUGCUUCAGGCUCAGGCUCACUUGAACGACGGUGUUAUUCACUUCUGUCAUACUAGCUGCUUACUUUUCGAUGGGGGGACUGUAGAAAGUUAUCUUGACAAUGUUGCCACUUUCCUCGCCGCCAAUCCCACUGAGGUUGUCACCUUGCUCUUCACAAAUCCGGAAUCGUUGUCUCUCACAGACGUCUGGGCUCCCGUCUUCGAAUCCUCCGGUAUCGCAACCAUAGCGUUCGUCCCUCCUUCUCUCCCAGUGGCCUUCGACGAGUGGCCCACUCUGGGCGAGAUGAUCAGUAGCGGAAAACGAGUAGUUGUGUUUAUGGACUUCGGUGCCGAGACCGGGGGUGUUAACUACAUUUUACCGGAAUUCGAGAUGAUCUGGGAACCGCCGUUUGACUCAACAGAUUCGACCUUUCCUUGCUCAGUCGACCGCAUCGAAGGGCCACUCUCGACGACGGACCACAUGUUCCUCCUAAACCACUUCCUCGAUAUCAACGUGUUUGGCACAGGCGUGCUCAUCAGUGAUCCCGGCGACGCGCCAACUACGAACAGUGUUCCAUCGAUCUUGGCCGAUGCGGCAGGGUGCGCAGCACUGGGCGGGGGUCGAUUCCCGAACUUCGUGCUUCUGGACUAUGUGGAUCUGGGCGACGCAUUCACAGCAGCGGACACGAUGAACGGCUUUGCUUGA